CCCUCCCUGGUCCCGGCGCGGCGCUCGGGGAUGCCCGCCGGCAUGUUCAGCAUCGACAACAUCCUGGCCGCCCGGCCGCGCUGCAAGGACUCGGUGCUGCCGGUGGCGCCCAGCGCGGCGGCUCCGGUCGUCUUCCCGGCCCUGCACGGAGACUCGCUCUACGCCGCCGGUGGCGGUGCCUCCUCGGACUACGGCGCCUUCUACCCGCGUCCCGUGGCCCCCGGCGGCGCGGGCCUCCCGGCUGCGGUCGGCGGCUCCCGCCUGGGCUACAACAACUACUUCUACGGGCAGCUCCACGUGCAGGCGGCGCCGGUGGGCCCGGCCUGCUGCGGGGCCGUGCCGCCGCUGGGCGCCCAGCAGUGCUCCUGCGUCCCCGCCGCCCCAGGCUACGAGGGCCCGGGGUCGGUGCUGGUGUCCCCCGUGCCGCACCAGAUGCUGCCCUACAUGAACGUGGGCACUCUGUCCCGCACGGAGCUGCAGCUGCUCAACCAGCUGCACUGCCGGCGGAAGCGGCGGCACCGCACCAUCUUCACCGACGAGCAGCUCGAAGCGCUGGAGAGCCUCUUCCAGGAGACCAAGUACCCGGACGUGGGCACGCGCGAGCAGCUGGCGCGGAAGGUGCACCUACGCGAGGAGAAGGUGGAGGUCUGGUUUAAAAACCGCCGUGCCAAAUGGAGACGGCAGAAGCGAUCCUCUUCCGAGGAGUCGGAAAACGCGGAGAAGUGGAACAAGGCGUCAUCGAAAGCCUCGCCUGAGAAGAGGGAAGAAGAAGGUAAAAGCGAUUUGGACUCCGACAGCUGACGGCCGCGGGCCGGCCCCGGGCGCUUUUGCUUUGCCCGACUCACGGACUUGCACAGACAGACGAUGCUUCUUGCACACGCGCUGCCUUGCGGGAGGGGGUCGAGGAAGGAACGAGGAGCUGUAAAUACUGUACAUAGCCGGGAGGGUCGGCGUCCUGGCCGCCGGCGCCCGGCCCCGCCGUCCGGGGCGCUCACGCCUCGCUCCCCAGCGUAGUAUUUAUAGUUAAGUUAACGGUGACACCCUAAUAAAAUGAUGGCGAAGUGGAC